AUGGAAGACGAUCGUAGUACUAGUCCAUCAAGUAUUGCAUCAAGUCAUGAUGAACAUGAUACUGAUAUGCCAGAAAUCCGUGUAUAUCAACCAACAUUUAAUCCACUUUGGUUUUCAUUUACACCAUUACGUAAUUCACCUCUAUUCAAUUCAAUAUCUUUUCAACCACCAAUACGUUCAACUACACCAAUAGUUCGACAUAAUUUCAAGAGUAUUGAUGAACUACUUUCUCCUAUUCCUAGUUCUAUAACUUCUACUCCCUCUCAACGAAACGAUGAUACUGGUUACAGUUCACAAUUAUUAUCUGGUUCUUUACUUUCGUUACGACAAAGUCGUGAAUCAAUUGAUUCACAAGAAAAUGAACAUGACAUUGAAAAUAUAAAACCAUCAGCAUCAUCAUCACCAAUAGAAGAAGUCAAGAAACAAGAUAAUGAAUUGAAAAAUAAUAAAACAAAAAAAAUUCGUACAGCAUUUACAGAUCAUCAAAAAAUGAGUCUUGAUCGUUUUUAUGCAACAAAUCGUUAUCCAGAUCCAACACAAAUGGAAACACUUUCACGUUUAUUAUCACUUGAAGAAAAAGUUAUUCGUGUUUGGUUUCAAAAUAAACGAUCACGAGAAAAAAAUCAUCCACGAAAUCAAUUAUCUAUUCAUCAACAAUCUAAUCCAGCAGCAACUAUGGCUCUCUGGCAACAAUAUUCAUCAUCAUCAAAUUUUCCUCAUUGA